AUGAGACAAGAUAUUUUGCAUAUCAACUGCUCAAAUGAAUGUCUUGAACUAUGUUUACUGACUCCUCAAUUACAAUUUAUACAAAGGCAGCUCUUGAAGCUAUGUAUAAGACCUUCAAUUUUGAUACUCGAAAACUUGAAUAGUACUGAUAGUCUGGAAGCUCUAAAUCUCGAGUUUCUUUUAAUAGAAUAUCAAAAAAGUGGUCAGAAUUCAAUCAGAGUUGUUUUAGUUGGUUCAUUUACUCUGUCACUUUUUUCAGAUUUAUUUUUACCAAUUUAUAUAGUAUUAAAACCAAAACUGAAUAUCUUGGAUAAUAGUGAUAAUGAUGGUUCUAUAUCAUAUAUAAAUACUGGUACAUGCAUGUGUUGUAUACAUAGUAAUUUGCACUUUUCAUUCAUCCUAGAUUUAAGUUUCUCUCUUAGAUAUUUAAUUAGAAAUAGAAGGAGAGAGUAUACAAAAUUAGAUUUGGUUAUUUUAUAUUUCUCUGAGAUUUUGAAAGAGCUCUUUGAGGCUAUAUCAGCCCUAAAUAGAUGUAUAUACAAAGAUAGUAAAUCAACUAGUAAUAUUAACAUAAGAAUCUCAAUUCUUAUUUUUGGCAUCAAUACGAAUGACUCUAGUUACCAACUUAUAUUACAUGAUACUUGUAUAUCUGAUUGUGAAGUGACAUCUAUAUUUUUGGAUUUGAUUAUUUUAAAGAUACAAGAAGAAAUUGGGAGGUUGUUAUAUCAAAGUCUUGAAUUUUAUAAUAGUUCCUAUUUAACAAAUAAUUGGUGGAAUUUUGAAUUAAAAUUAUAUUUAGACUCACUUCCUAGUGAAUUUGAUAAAUCAGUCAUUAUAAUAACAGAUGGUAUAAUAUCUAAAAAUUUGAAAGCAGCUACUGAAGUAUAUAAGGACGAUCAGAUCCUUUGUCUAAAUAAUGACAUAAUUCGGACAUGUAUAAGUAAUGAUAUUCAGGUUCAUAUAGUAUUAGUUAAAGAUUCUGAGCCUGAAUAUAAAACUAGCUAUGGUAUGGUACCAUCUAUUGAAACAUUAGAAUAUCUUACGAGGUGCUGUUGCAAUGGUAGUAUGACAAUUGUAGACGAAGAAAUAGUAGAUAAUUUAAAGUUAAAACAGAUUGUUAAGAAUCUUUUAUUCAGAAAUACUGAAGUGAGUAUUGUGGAUACUUUAAGUAUUGAGGAAUUAUAUUUGAAUUGUUUUCUGUAUAAAUCUUAUUUAUUAGAUAAAAGAAUUUCAUUAUUAGAUAUAUUUGCAUCUAAGAUGAUGAUUGGAUAUAAUCUUUUAUUUAAAGAUCAAUUAAUAUCAAUACCUGUUAUUUUAGUUUCUCAAUUUCAUAGUUUUGUUAAUAUUUACUAUACUGUUGAUGAUUACGACUAUAAUAGAUGGUCAGUUAAAAUAUAUAUACAAGAUAUAAAUGGCAUAUUUAAAUUUAAUACCUUAUACAAUUCUGAAUAUGAAUCGGGAACUGGUUACAAACAAUCUCAAAUAGCUAAUUUUGAAUUAAAUUCCAGCACCUACAGUAUGGAUGAACAAACUUGUGACAUUGAAUGUUUAGUAGAUGAUAAUAAGCCAGAAAUAAUAUUUGGGAGGAAAUUAUUUAGUUCAGGCAGAAGUUUAUAUAGCAAGAAGGAUAUUUUGUUUCAAAAUAUCAACUUAUACAUAAACAUGAUGGUAAACAUAGAUUAUUUACUAAAUGAUAUUUCGAAAGUACUCUCGGGGCAACAUUUAAAUUUGCAAUCCCAAAAAUUAAUAGAUAGCAAUGAGAAUAUGUACUUUUCAAAUAUAAAUGAGAAAAUUUGUUUUGAGGAUCAAACAAUAUGGAAUAUAAUGAGAUCUUGGUGCAGUGAUAUUUGUACCAAAAACAUAAAUUUAGAGUUAUAUGAACAAAUUCAGAAUAUAAAGAAAGAUAAUCGUUAUUAUAUUCAGUGGUUAAAGCUUUAUAGAUACCUCUCUAAGGAUGAAGAAGAAAAUUCAGAGUUGAGUAGUUUAGUUACAAUUUACAGCUUAUAUCAUGGUCUUAACCAGCAGAUAUGUGAAGAAAACAGUAAAAAGCUACUUGAUAAUAUAUAUAUUAAAAUAAUGAAUUUUGGAGAUAAUUAUUUGGUCAGUGGAUACAAUUCAGUUUCUGCUAAAUUUAGCUAUAUUGAAAAUUUGAAGAUAGGACCGGAGCAUUUAGGAGUUUUAUCUCCUGUAAAAUCAAUAGAAUAUAUUCUAUUUUCUAUUAUAAAUACACAAAAUUGCUUUGUUAAUCAACUUCAAAUGAAAAGGUCAUGGAAAUAUAUGUUAUGGAAUACGUCUAGCAAUAUUUUUGAUAGAAGAAAACAAAUUUUCAACAAGGAGUACCUUUCCAUGUUUUUAAGUCAUCGUAUUAUUUCUACUUUAGGAAAAGCAAGAUACCAUGAAAAUUGGAUCUUAUUAUAUGUUAAAGAGAUUAGCACAAAUAUAAGAGUUGUAUGGAUAAAAUUUGUAACUGGUAAGAAUCAGGGAAAUAUGAAUCAAAAGGAAAUCAAAGACGAAAUAAUAAUAUUAGUAUAUGAAAUUUCCAUAAUUUUCGAUAGGAAUAGCUCCGGAUCUCCAAUAGUUUGUACCUUAUAUAUGAUAAACCAAAACAAUAUUAUUAAUUCUCUAGAGCCAAAUUAUUGUGAUUUAUUUACUUAUUUUCUUGAUUACAUUCAAAACCAGGAUAACAAUAUAAUUAAAGCAAUCUCUUUAAUUAAUUAUUUGUCAAACUUUAAUAAUAUUAAAAAUAAAGUGCAAUUUAGAAGAAAUUCAACUCGAAUAUUUAAAAGUAGGUCAACAAUAAAUAGGAGAGUUAACUUAAAUUUGGAAGAAAUGUCAAUUUUGUUUUUAGCUCUAAGUAAGAGAAGCUCUGAGGAAAUUGAACACUUUAAUAAUGAUACGGGGAAAUUCACCAAAUCUUUAGAUCAUAUAAAUUGUAUAGAUCAAUUUUCAAAGUGUCUAAUAGGCUCAGACAAUGAAUAUUCUGUGUUUGAAAAUAAAAAAACUCAGCACAUAAUUAAGGAGUUUGAGUCUUAUUGUUCAAUUGAAAUAAAUCCUUUUAAACAAGAUUAUUCAUUUGAAUACUUUAAUACAGAUAAUCAUGAAAAAAGAGUAAUGGAGAAAAGUAAAUAUUUAUUUUGGAAGAGUAAAAUGAGAGAAAUAGCGUGUGAUUUGCUGGAUAAAUUUAUUAAUAAGAUUAAUAGAAGAGCAGAAUAUUCAUUGAGAAUCAAAAAAUAUGAGUGGUAUUUAUUUAACUUUUUGAAUUCUGCAAAGGUUAGUUACAAUUUAAGAUGCAACCAAACAUUAAAUCAUACGGAAUCUGAACAUAUAUUUAAUGAACACUUUUUAAUUAUACACAUAUAUCCUGAGAAGUGGAGCAAGGAACAAUUUAAGAAAGAAAAGUAUAUAGAAACUACAAUUAAUGAUACAAAUAAUUAUAUUGAAUUAAAUAUCCUUAAAUUAGACUUUUAUAUUGGGAAUUGCAAUGCUCUAUGUUGCGGUGUAACAUCAAACUUGAAAAAGAUAUUUUUUGAUAAUUUCGAUUUUUCAUUAUAUUGCAAAUAUAAUGAUAAUAAAUGUGAAGGAAUUCUUAAUGAGAGUAUAAUAGAAGAUUCAGUAAAUCUUUAUAUACAAGAUGUGCUUUAUAUAUGGAAUACUUUGAGAUUUAAAGCUAUAUGUGACUAUUGCACUCACAAUAUUCCAGUCCAUUAUAGGGAUAUAGAUAUUUUACUAGAUGAUCGACAAAGUGAAAUUUUUUUUAAGAAUUAUAUUGCAAAUAUGGUAUAUACUUCAAGGGAUAUAUUAAAUAUAGAUGAAACUAUUUCUAAAAUGAAGCAUAAACCAAUUAAGUUUUCAGUUCCUAUAUCCAUUUUUCAGAAAGUUUUAUACAGUGCCUUCAAAAAACUCAGACCAUCAAGUAAUAUAUUACAUUAUGUUUCUAAUAAUCAAGAUAUAUUAAAGAUGAUAAAAUGUAUGGAAUCUGAAUUAAUAGCCAGAAUUGGCACACAGACUUUUGGAUUUCAAAUAGUUAAGACAGUUAGUAGUUUAGAUCAUUGCGAUUUCAUCACAUUAUUUAGUCAAUAUUCGAAUUAUCAUAAAUUUGGUGAAAUAGAAAUAACUGAUAACUCCUUUAUAAAUAAAAAGGAUGAUUUAAUCAAUUGUAUUAAUAGUACUGAAUUUAGAAAAGAAGCAAAUGAUAAAUUAAAAAGACCUCUUUAUUUAUAUAAUUUGAAAAAAUAUGGAUAUAGACCUUCUUUGCUUGUGAUGAAAAUUUCUAGUAGCUCAAUUGAAUUGUUAGAUAAACAGAAGAGUCUUAUUUAUUCAUUUAUUAAAUUAAAAGGGGAAAAAGUGAUGACUAGCUUAAAUCCAAAUGCAUUGACAUAUUGGCUAUUUUUAAUUACUUGUUUAUGUAUUUUGGAGUCUAGCAAUUUAAAUAUAGAUAUAUUCAUAUAUGAAUAUAACAAAUGUACUAAAUUGAAAGAAUAUUGUACAAGUAAAUACUUUGAUAUUUAUGAACAUUUUGUUGAGAAAUUAAGAUACACUAUCUAUCAUUGGAUUAUUGAUACAGCUAUGGAACUAUCCUUUACGCAUAAAUCAGAUAGCUGUUUGUUAGAAAAAAUUAUUGGGAUAAAUAGUCAUAGACAUUCUAUAGACAAUUUGUCACUUUUUGGAAAGGACUUAUUUUUGGAAUGUAUUCAAAUUACCCAAAGAGUAGUUUGGAAUCAGAAUAAUCCUGAUCUCAAUAUUUUGCAAAAAUUAGAACAUCUUCAUGGAAGCUCUAUAAUGUAUACAUCAAGCAUUUAUAUUCCUUUACUACCCUUUUUUUUAAAAAAAAAUAAGGAUGACUAUGCUUCUCUUUUUAAUAGUUUCUCCUCUAAAGUUGAUUUAGUACCAAUACAGAGAGAUCCACUGAUACUCUUGUGGAAUAGGAAUAAAAAAAAAAUACUUUUGAAUGAAGAAGAUGAAAAAAUAAAUUUGCAAAAAGAUGAGUAUGAAUAUUUAGAUCUUAAUUCUAUACAAAAUCACUUUAGAAUAUUUAUUUCAAUGCAAUUUGAUGUGGAUGAAAUUGAAAACCUGCCUAAUUCAGAAAUUAAAUGCAAGUUGAAUUAUCUAAAUAAUGGUUCUUUUACUUGUGUAUCAAGUAUGAAUAAUCAAUUAUUGAGUCUAGAUGACAAUAAUUUAUAUUUAAAAGUUUCGUUUUUUUUAUAUUCACCUUCCUCAAUUGAACUAGUUAAGCUUCAGGAAAAUAAUUCUAGUAAAAUAUGGUGUAAAUUUUGUAAUUGCAAAUUCUUAAGUCAAAGUUUGAAUGAAAUUAUUUCUUUUUGCUUUUCUUCAAUCCAAGAACGUUUUAUUAAAAUGUGGAAAGAAUUUUCUAUAGACUUUUUACUUAAAAAUACGAUUAAUACGAAAACUGCAUCUCCUUAUAUAAUCCCUAUAAUAUCAGAAGAGCCUUUUGCAUCAAUUAAUGAUUAUUGUUCACCAAUAGAGUUUUUUGAGACUGCAAAAUCUGUCCAUAACAAUUAUGAAGCUAAUUUAUAUAUGAGGAUAUUUGGAAAUCCUAACACUACAUCACUUUAUAAUAUACCUUUCGGCAUGACUCCUAGUUACUACUUACAGACUCAAAACUCACUAUAUCACAAGUCAUCAAGAAUUGAAGACACUUCUAACUUUGGUAAGAUCACACUUUGGGAUGGUAAACAGGUGCAAAUACCUCAUUAUACAUUUUGGUUGAAUCCUCAAGAUGAAAUAUCCCUAGAAAUACCUUAUAACUUAUUCAAUAUUCCACUACUUGAUGGUUUUCUUACUACAAACUUUACUGACAACAAGAUAUAUAACUCAAGCAUAUCAUGUUUAGCUUUUCAAUUUGCAUCUUUCACUAUAAACUCUCCUGAAGGUUGGCUAUGCUGCUCAGAUGAUAUUAUACUCACAUAUCCACUGACAUCAGGUACAGGUUCUGUAUUUUUAAUUAAACCUGGAUACUUACUAAUGAAUAAAUCAAAAGAUGGGAAACAAAGUUCUUCCACAGUAGGACUUUCGCUGACAUUUUUUGGAGUGAGAAAACCUUCAAAAGGUACAAAAGGGCACUUUAUGAAAUAUUUAAAAAUAGCUUUACAAAACUUCGGAAAGAAGACAAACAAUUUAGACUAUUCUAAAAAUGAAUUUAAUGAGGUACUUCAAUUGAGCUCAUUAAAAAUUGGAAAUGAUGAAGAACAAAUUGAUGACUCAACAUUGAUUAGAAGGAAUAGUUGGAGUAAAUCCGAUCUUACUGGAGCUAGCAAUAUUGUUAUAAAUACUUCUCCAAUUUAUUUUAAUGAUAGCAAUGUAUCACUUAAAUUUAAUAGUAACAAUAUUACAGAUAAAAACUACUCACCUAAGCUAUUAUUACAAGAAAUUCCACUUCCUGUGGCAUCUGCUAUUUGGAGAAUGAGCUCGGCGUUUCAUAAUUAUAUAGCCAUUUCUUUGUGGAAUAUAGCAAAAAAAACUGAAAUAAAACUUUGUAUUAAGGAUAUACUUUUGAGGUUUGUAAAAAGACUAAAUAUAAUGGGCUUUAGUGACAUAAUAAAUGAAGACUUAGAAAAUAAUAGAUCUAGAGUCAGAUUUAUAAUACCAAAGAAUGUAAUUAUGCAAUUUUAUAACUUUAAAGUAUCUCCCACUACUGAAAAUUUAAACUCAAAACAAAAGAUUCUCUCUGAAUAUUGUAUUGAUAUUGCAAUAUUUUCAGGUAUAGAUGGAAUGCCACUUCCUAUGAAUGGAGCUUGGGGUGGAGGGGUUCGUCUUGGUGAACAAAUAAACUCCUCAAUAAUACUGUUAAGUAUUUAUGAAGAUGAUAUUGAUAAAUGGCAACAGUUAAUAUGGGAUAUUAAUGAAAAUUUGGAUUUACUCGAUCUCACAACAAAUAAUAGAACUAUUAGAGCAAAUAUACCUAAUAAUACAGGUUCAUACAGUCCAUGGAAUAUUCUUCGUAAUCAUGAAGGCCAUUCAAUACAGGUUCAACCAUCAUUACCAGUACAUAUUAUUCCAGAAUCAUUUCAAGAUCAUUCUUUAAAUAGUACCCAUAGCUAUAAAAAAGCAAAUAUUUGGUUAAUGCCCUGCUUAUAUAUUACUGCCGAUAUCUGGAAUUUUUCCAAACUACUUGACUAUGAGUCUGCUUUAUACGAAGAUAAUUUUGGAGAAAGUUCGAAGUUUCAUACGGAAUUAUUAGAGCUAGUUAAGUCGCUAUUAAAUUUAACUCUACUAGAUCUCGCUUUUGAAUUGCGUUUUAUGAAACAAGAAGCAACACCUACCAAGGAACACUCAAAUAAAGAGCCACAGCUUCCAACUUAUGAUAGAGAGAAAUCUGAAGAACUACGUUUUGGUUUUGUACAUGAGAUAAAUAAUGACUCAUCAUUACUAAAUAAUGGAGAUAUAUUGAUACCUAGCUUAGGUUCAUCUAUUCGUCACUUGUUUAAAUAUAAAGAAGAGUUGCAAAAUAUUUUGCAAAAUAUCAGAUUCCAUGAAAAUUUAGUCCAUAAGUUUUCUUCCUCUAUUGGAGAGCAUGAUAAUCAAACCAACACAUUAUCUCACACUAAAACUUCACAAAUAAUGCACUACUCAGUACCAAUAUUGAGCAAAUUCAAUUUAAGUAGCUCAAACGACUUUCAAACCCAACAAUUAUAUAAUCCUUCAUGGAGUAUUCAGAGUCUACUAAAUAAUAUUUAUGAAACAGUUAUAAGAGAGAAUUUCAGUAAAAACAAGAAUUUCAAAGCUUACUUAAUUGGCCACUCUUGUUUUAUACAUGAUUUAGAGCAAUUAGAUAAAUUUCAAAAUGAUGGAUAUCCUCAGUAUCCCAAUACAAAACAAAGUGUUGAAAUUAGAAAUGACGACUUUAAUGUAGAUGAUUUACAACCAGAUAAAGCUAGAGAAUACCUUAAUAUCAAUUUUUCAAGUUUUAUAAAUAAGAUUCAAACUAUAGAAACACGUGAAUCUGGGUGGCAUGUAUCUAAAUACACAAGUUCUUUGAAGUAUUGUGAAUUUAUAUCUAAAGAUAUACAAAUCUGGAUUGAUUCUUUAUAUGAAAAAAAUUAUAGAAAUUUAAAACAGAAUACAAGUAAUGAUAUGGAUUUUAACUCAACUUUUUGUUCUCUAUUUAAACUUUGUGGUGGAAGGAUUAGACCAAGAAUAACUAUCAUAUUAUAUUCAUCUGAUGAAACUGGAACUUGUGAAAUUGAAAACAAUAGUCCUAGUUUAAACUAUGCUAAUUACAAUGAUAUUUCACUCAGAUAUUAUGCUUUUAUAGAUAUUACACCAAAUGGGAUACUACUUUUAAGCUGGUAUUUACCUAAAAGUACUGAAUCUAAAUUAAAAAAUAUAUUCAGUGAUUAUAUUUGGAAUACAACUUUAUAUACCCUAUGGCUCUAUCAAUUAAUAGGAUGGAAUAACUCUAUUAAAGAUAAUUAUAUCCCUAUUAUUGAUCUAUCUCCAUUCGCUGUUAGUUGGGAUUAUAUAUCCUCUUCACUAUUAAAUACAAACUAUGGUGUUUUAUGUGGACUACCAAUAUAUAUAAUUUACUUUAUAUGGAGUAAAUAUUUUAAUCUACAUUUAUACCCACUAAAAUCUCCAGAAAAAUUAUUUAGUAACGUAUGUGUUUCAUUGAAUAUUCAGAUAUAUAACCUCAAGUCAUGCCAUAAUAUAUGUUCUUUAAUGGACGGUGCUACUCCCAUAUUUCUGGAAAGAUUUGAUUUUUUUUUGGAAGAAAAUCAUUUAACAAAUGAAUAUGUAAAAUAUAAUCAGAUUGAAUCAUUAUAUCCUUCUGUUUUACAAGAACUUAUCUCACAACAGGCCAAUCAGUUUAUUAAAGAAUGGAUGACUUUAUAUUCAAAAUAUAGAUUUUGGAAUUAUAUUAGCUUAUUAUUAACUUCAACACUCUCAAACUGGAAUAGGGAAGUUAAUCUAAUUAAACUCAAAUCUGAUCAAGUAGAUUUUAAUUUCUCACAUAAACUAUUAAAUAUUUAUGAUAUUUUUGAAGAUAAAUUUUACAAUACACUAGAAUUCCUAUUGGAAGAAAUGGAAUUGAUAUUUUUAUUUUUUAGUAAAAAGAAAAUGAGUCAUCUCUCUGUAUUUCCUUCAAAAUUGUUAAAUUACAGUAAUGAAAAUAACAAUGUAAAUAUUGAAAAAUACUCCACUCAUUUAAACUUAUUAUACACAUUAUCAGACUUUAAAAGUCAAUUAGUUGAAAUACUGGAAUAUAUUACGAGACCAAAUCUUCAACAUUACCACAAUUGGCUUUUACACCCAGAACUUGAAGAAAAUUUUGAAAGCGAUACUUAUUAUAAUAGAGUGAAUAUACACAACGCAACUUUAGAUAAUGAAACUACCUGUUAUAUUCCUAAAGAUUUGGGGUGUUUAAAAUGUCUAGAAGAUUUCCAAACAAUAUCAAUUAGUUUAAUUAUAGCAAUUCUUUUACUUGAUAAAAGUCCCAAAACAAAAAUUCAAAGAGUAAAUAUUAAAAAAGGUAUCCAAAUCCAACAAGCAAAAACUUCUUACAAAUACUCUGAUAAACAGAGUUAUGACAUAUCUCUCGUUAUAUACAAGCAAAUAUUUAAGGAUCUACCUUUUUGCUCCUCUUCACAGUCAUAUUAUUUAAAUGUACUAAAUAGUUUAACAGAAGCAAUUGAUAGACAUAUGAAUAUGAUGAAUAUGAUUCGUAUAAAGCACAGCUUUAGUCAACCACUUUCUAAUAGUUCAAAUAUUUAUAUAAUCAUCAGAAUUUUACGAACUUUCUCACUAAUUCGAUCCAAUUACAUAUUUCAAGAUAAUUUACAACACUUAUCUCAGAAUAUAUUUCAAGAAGCUCCGCUUAUACCUUUACAAAUAUCUCAAGAAUUAAUUUAUAUUGGAACUUUAUACAAUGAUACUGGUCUUAAACAUAUUAUAUGUUUACUUUUUACUGUAACUUCCCAAAAUAUAACUGUCACAGUAAUUGGAAAUAAUCAUGUUAGCUUAAACUUACAUCUUAAUAUUAAGCUACAUUUAUUUUCAGAUGAUGAGCUUGAAACUACAGAUCAGAGCUGCCCUAUUAAACAAUUUCUAAUUAAAUUGAAUUUAAGAAAGUUUUUCAUGACUCAUAUUAUGAAUCAAUCUCAUGAUUGCUUAAAAGAGGUAUGGAAUCAGUAUUGCAAUAAUAGUAUAGUGUUUCACAAACUGGUUAAUAAUCAAUAUAAAAAUAUUAAUCCAACAUUUUAUUCCCCUAAACAAUUAGUUUUGAUGAUAAAGUGGUUUUUCAAUAAUGAUAUAUUAAAAAAUAAAGUUGAGGGAAAUAAUUUAGAAAAAAAGUCAAUUUGGGGUAACUUAAAUAAUACAAUAGUUAAUAAAAAUAAUACUGUUAGCUCAUACUAUGAUUUCGAAAAAAGUAGUAAAUUCACAACUAAUGACGCUAUUAAUUUAACUUCUGAUAAUUCUCCUAUUGUAGAAGAUGUUGUCAGAAAUUAUUACAUUCUAAAUUCAUUUUCUAUGCAUAAUUUUGACUUAAACACAAUAAUAAAUGACUUACUCUACAAUCAAGAAGAGAAUAGUAUUAUUUCCAUAUCAUUUAAUGGGUCAGAUUUACUUGUUCUUGUAAAAGAUAUUUUUGAAAAUGAUAAUAUUAUUAUUUCAUUUUUAAUAACAUCAAAAUCUAGUUUCUUAAAUACUUUUAGUACAAAAUCAAGAUUAACUAAUAACUAUGAAUACAGGAAAAAAAAGGAACAAUCUCAUUCUAUCUUAUAUUUUUGUCUCAUUUUAAAUUCAUUAAAUGGAAAUCCUAUUCAUACUACUAAUAAUGAAAUUGAAGAUACUUAUGAAACCAACAAUAUAGAGCUUAUAAGAUCUUUUACUAUUUUUAAAAUCACAAAUAUUCUAUGGCACUCUCAACAGAGGAUAAAUUCAAGGAAUAUAUGGGACAAAAUUAUCAAAUUUGGUUUAAAGAUUAAUUCAGGAUCUAUAAACGAGCUAUUAUCUAAUAAAUUCACAACAGUUGCUAAUUUAAUGAACUUACUUAAAAGAAAAUUGGGACUUUCAACUUUACAGGAAAUUACUUUACUAGAAGUUCCUUAUAAACUAUAUUCAAAAUUACGAUUUAUAAGUAUUUGGGAAAAAUUGAAAAUAUUUUUUUUUCCAUUAAAAAAAUUUUUUGAAAAAAAUGGUGCAUUAAAUGUUGGUUAUAUACAUAAUUAUUGUGGAUUAUUAUCACGCUCAAAAAUUAAAGUGCAAGUUUUUGCUAUAUUUAAAGAUUCUACAUUUAAAUUUGUUCUUUUAAAAUUUACCUUUAUUUUUGAGUUAGAAGAAAACCUUCUAAAGUUGAAAAUUGAAAAAUUACACUGUAUUACAACAAUAGAAAAAAGGAAUUUCCAGAAUAUAAGUACUACGGAAAAAUAUAGCUGCAACCCUAUACAUAAUAAAGAGCAAGUAAACUAUACUACUAUGAUAAACAGAAUAAUAAGUGAUAUAAUAAUCCCAACAUUUCAUUAUAUAAAGUCACUUUCAAUUGAGCACUUGUAA